UACGUCGCCUUUGUUCUUCCAUAUAGAAGUUGCGUGAGCCAAGUCACUCCAGCUUGUCCGCAUUCCUUCCAAAAUUCGUUGGGGACAUCGUCUGGGCCUGUCGCCUUGCCGUUUUUUGUUUUCAUUAUGGCGGAGCGAACUUCUUCCUCUGUGAUGCUGGGUACUGGUCCAAGCACAGGAUCGGCUUCUAGAGUAGAUGCGUACUCAUGGCUCGCAGAUGCCAUUCCUUCGAAAUGUGUUCUCCAUCUUUCCUUAAUUUCUUGUGGCUUCCUGAGUAGUUUGCCAUGUACGUCCUUGAUACUGUAAAAAUGCUCUAUAUCUUUUGAGGCAGUUGUUCUUCUUUUCGCGAUUCGAUAUAUGUCCCGUUCGCCUUCGCGAUUGCGCAGUUUCCUGUAAAGUUCUUCUACAUACGUUUCUUUUGCCUUUUUAACACUCCUCUUUGCUGCGCGUUUCGCGUCCAAGUACAACUGAUGAGCAUCUUCCGUUUGUA